AACUAGUUGGGCAGUAAAAAGAGGAAAGUGGGAAGACGGAAGGGAGAAUGGAGGUGUUCCACAUGGUCUCGCUGUCUCUCAUGAGCAGACUAUGACGGAGUCUAAUGAUCCGGUAACUGGACACAUCAUCUCCACCACCAUUGGAGGCAAAAAUGGUGAACCUAAGAGAACGAUUAGCUAUAUGGCCGAGCGAAUUGUAGGAACUGGGUCAUUUGGAAUUGUCUUCCAGGCCAAAUGCCUGGAGACGGGGGAGACUGUGGCUAUAAAGAAGGUGUUACAGGAUAAGAGAUACAAGAACAGAGAGUUGCAGUUGAUGCGCUCGAUGGAUCAUCCAAAUGUUGUUUCUUUGAAGCACUGUUUUUUCUCGACCACCAGUAGAGAUGAGCUUUUCCUCAACCUGGUAAUGGAGUAUGUGCCUGAAUCCUUGUACCGGGUACUCAAGCAUUAUAGCAGUAUUAACCAGAGGAUGCCACUUAUAUUUGUUAAGCUCUACACUUAUCAGAUUUUUAGAGGGUUGGCUUAUAUUCAUAACGUUCCAGGAGUUUGUCAUAGAGAUGUGAAGCCACAAAAUGUUUUGGUCGACCCUCUUACUCACCAAGUGAAGAUUUGUGAUUUUGGGAGUGCUAAAAUUCUGGUUAAGGGCGAAGCAAACAUUUCUUACAUUUGUUCGCGCUAUUAUCGUGCUCCUGAACUCAUAUUUGGCGCAACUGAAUACACUACUUCAAUUGACAUAUGGUCAGCAGGUUGUGUCCUUGCAGAGUUACUCCUUGGCCAGCCACUAUUUCCUGGAGAAAGUGCUGUUGAUCAGCUUGUUGAGAUAAUCAAGGUUCUUGGUACUCCAACUCGUGAGGAAAUUCGAUGCAUGAAUCCUAACUACACAGAUUUUAGGUUUCCACAGAUUAAAGCUCAUCCAUGGCAUAAGAUAUUUCACACGAGAAUGCCACCAGAGGCAAUAGAUCUUACAUCACGACUUCUCCAGUACUCGCCCAGUUUUCGUUGCACUGCACUAGAAGCAUGUGCACAUCCCUUCUUCGAUGAACUUCGUUUGCCAAAUGCACGAUUGCCAAAUGGCCGGCCAUUGCCGCCUCUCUUUAAUUUCAAGCAAGAGGUAGGUAUCUGAUUCUUUGAGAUGCUUGUUCAUAGGCAUUUUUGUUGUCGCAUCAAUUAGAUAGAUCAAUAUAUUAAUAUUAAAUCACUAUUAUUGUAUUUUGUGAAUCUUAUGAUGAGAGAAUAUUUUAGUAUGUUGAUACUUAGUGCACAUUUUAUCAUAUAUGCUACUUAUAAAAAUAUAAAACACCUAUAUGGCCGUAAUCUUAAUUUUUUUCUUGUGGGUACACAAAUUUGAUCGUAACCUCUAUUGAAUGGUUUGAUUCUUCUUUGGUAAUAAUUUUCAUGUUAGGGAGUGUUAAGCUGUUUUACUAUUUGUUCAGAAUGGACCCUCAGGAAAAAAUGAUGCCAUAUAGUAACUCUUGAUCUUUAUAUCUGUAAAGGGUUUCAUUACUGAAUUGGCUUCGGGUUCAAAUGGUAGGGUUGGUACUUAGGUACAAAUUUUCGUUUGAUUAUUUUCUUUGUGUACUUUUCUCGUCCAACCUUCAAUUCAUCUUGAAUGUACAUGGAGUCGUAUGGGAAAUUGAUAAUG